AUGCGGGAGCGCUCCCGCCCCCGCGGGCGGCGGGAGGCGGGCGGCGGCGGCGGCACGGGCGGGGCGGAGGCGUCGCCCCGCGGAGAGCAGCGGGGGGACCUGGCGGCGGGCGGCAGCCGCGGGCCGGCGAUGGAGGAAGGGGCAGCAGACCUGCGACAGAGAAAGAAACAAAACUGCUCAGAAUCUGACAAAAUGGCUCCAGAGCAGAGAAACAAAGAAAACUCAAAGCUGGGAAGAUCGCCAAAAUAUAUGUUAAUCCAGCGUUUUGCAAAACUUUUCUUUGGCUGUCUGGCGGCAGUGACCAGUGGAAUGAUGUAUGCUGUGUACCUCUCAACAUAUCACGAACGGAAGUUCUGGUUUUCCAGCAGGCAGGAACUUGAACGAGAAAUUACAUUUCAGGGUGACAGUGCCAUUUAUUACUCAUUCUAUAAAGAACUGCUAAAGGCUCCUUCUUUUGAAAGAGGUGUUUAUGAGUUGACACACAACAAUAAGACAGUAUCACUGAAGACAAUAAAUGCAGUCCAGCAAAUGACUUUGUACCCAGAGUUGAUUGCCAGUGUUUUAUAUCAAGCAUCUGGUAGCGAAGAAGUUAUUGAACCAGUGUAUUUCUACAUUGGUAUAGUUUUUGGACUGCAGGGAAUUUAUGUGACUGCAUUGUUUGUAACCAGUUGGGUUAUGAGUGGGACUUGGCUGGCAGGAAUGCUGACUGUAGCAUGGUUCAUUAUUAACAGGACAGAUACAACAAGAAUUGAUUACUCCAUACCAUCAAGGGAAAAUUGGGCUUUGCCGUACUUUGCAUGUCAAGUAGCAGCUCUCACAGGCUAUUUAAAAAAAAACCUAAAUUGUUCUGCUGAGAAGUUUUGUUAUCUUUUGGUGAAUGCUUCAACAUACACCUUCAUGAUGAUGUGGGAAUACAGUCAUUAUCUCCUGUUUGUACAGGCUAUUUCUCUUUUCCUGCUAGACAGCUUUUCCCUGGCACAGACAGAGAAGGUGCAUGAAGUAUACAAAAUCUACCUGUUUUCUCUCUUCUUGGGGUACCUUCUGCAGUUUGAAAAUUCAGCCUUAUUAGUGUCACCAUUACUCAGUUUCAUAGCAGCUUUAAUGCUCUCUAAAUGCCUUCAGAUGAAUAUGAAAAAAGGUACAUUUAUGUCAAGAUUGCUGAAAGUAAUGUACAUUUAUUUGGUACUUACAGUAGCAGUGACACUAAACUUCUUAUUAAAGAUGUGUGUUCCUCAUAAAGAAAAUGAGCAUUUGCUGAAGUUCAUUGAAGUAAAACUUGGAUUAAACACAACUAAGAAUUUUACAAUGAAUUGGCUCCUUUGUCAAGAAUCUCUUCAGGCACCUUCCCAAGACUUUUUUUUGCGACUAACACAAUCAUCACUGUUGCCUUUUUAUAUUUUAGUAUUAAUUAUUUGCCUUUUUUCUGUAACUCAGGUCAUUUUUAGGAGAAUUUGUGGUGAACCACUGAAAGAGACAGUUAAACUUGAGGAUGGUCGGAUUGGAGAGAGGCCAGAAAUAGUUUAUCAUGUCAUUCACACAAUUUUGCUUGGUUGUCUAGCAAUGUGUUUGGAAGGAAUGAAAUAUCUAUGGACACCUUAUGUUUGCAUGCUUGCUGCAUUUGGGGUGUGUUCCCCUGAACUUUGGAUGACACUUUUCAAGUGGCUUCGACUGAAAGCUGUACACCCUAUACUGCUGGCUCUUAUUCUGAGUAUGGCAGUUCCCACAAUAAUUGGAUUCAGCUUGUGGAAAGAGUUUUUCCCUAGGAUAAUGACAGAGCUUACAGAACUGCAAGAAUUCUAUGAUCCUGAUACAGUAGAACUUAUGACAUGGAUAAAACGACAGGCUCCUGUGGCUGCAGUGUUUGCAGGCAGCCCACAGCUCAUGGGUGUGAUUAAACUCUGUACUGGAUGGAUGGUGUCAAGUUUGCCUUUGUACAACGAUGAUGACCUUCUGAAAAGAAACGAGAAUAUUUAUCAGAUCUAUUCAAAGAGGUCAGCAGAGGAUAUUUAUAAGAUACUCACAUCCUACAAAGCCAAUUUUCUGGUUAUUGAAGAUUCAAUUUGCAAUGAAGUGGGACCUGUAAGAGGAUGCAGAGUUAAAGAUCUGUUGGAUAUUGCUAAUGGUCAUGUGUACACGAGAGAGUCACCAGUUACUUCUAGGCAAUCACAGGUGGUUUGUGAGGAAGAUGACAACUAUGCCUACUCAAAAUAUGGACGAUUUUGUCAUGAAAUCAAAAUGAACUAUUCUCCAUAUGUGAAUUAUUUUACUCGAGUGUACUGGAAUAGAUCCUACUUUGUAUAUAGAAUCAACACUGUGAUAUCCUUCCAGUCAUGAAAAAGCAUGCAAGCUUCCUUCUGAGGAUUUAUUCUGAAUGAAUUUCAGUUUAAAAAGUUCCUUUGGAUCAAGGAAGUUAUUUUUUCAGAUAUAUGUGCACAUGUGCAGUAUACUGACAACUUUAUUUUACGAAACUGGAAUUCUUUGGAACUACAGAUCAACAGACAGAGAUACCAUCCUUGAAGGAAACGGGAACAUUUAUCAAUUUUACGGUCUCUACAACAUGUGACAGUCUUCCAUGUUUUUACAUUUUUCUUCCCAUUUUAAAUCAUUUUAAUUUUCAUGUAAAUGAGAUUUCUAACUUUAGUGUUAGAGAGCUGAUGUGCAUAGACCUCAGUGAAAGCAUAAAAAUUAUUUCAAGAGCUCAUUUAGGUCAUGUAGCUUUUAUUUUUUAGCCAAAAAGCAGUUGGUAUCUUGAGUCUUUUCAAAUAAGUGUUUGGAUAUUUAGUUUAGUUUUUUUAAUUGUUGUUGUUUUAAUUCUUCCUGUCUUCCACUGUAAACAUUUCUAUGUUUAUCAAACACACAUUUAUACAUCUUAUGUGUAGCUAUACUGUUUGUAUAAAUCAAAUAAGGAAGAUUUUAUUUAAACAGCACUUCCAUAGAUUAAGGCACUGAUCUCUAUAUUGUUAGAGACAUGCUGGUGGAAGUGCUGGGGCUUAGACCUAGCAGUAGGAGCUGACAGGGUCAGAUCUUCAGUUUGGAAAGAACUUGUCUUCAGGAUUCUUCCAUGCUUAAGUGUGUGUGUGUAUGCAUAUGAGUGUCUUAGCAGCCAGCACAAUGGGCCAGUAUAUACCACAGUGUGCUUGUCUUCAGGCAAGUGUAGCAGGACAGUUAGGUUUGCUACUGAGACUUCUGCACUUCGGUUUCACCCCCUCUGUGUGUGUGAGGUAUGUGUGUGUAUGUGUCUAUGUAUGGGGAGGGAUGGGUCAUGCUCAUUUCAUUCAAUUUAUUAUGAGAUAGCUAUAUUAAGAUAGUGCCAUAACUGUCAUUUAAAACACUAUAAUCACCACCAUUAGUAAAUAAUGGUACAGUUGUUCAUAGCUAUUUUUAUAUCAAUUAUGCAACUACACAGAGAUCUUUGAAAAGCUGGGAAAGUACUGUGCAGUUUUGCUUCCCUCUAAAAUCUGUGUUUGUUAUAUGACCCCCUUUUCCUCUACAACUAUUUUUCUUAUCAUCUUGUCUGCUGCUGGCUGAUAGACUUUCAAGAGAGUGAAUUAUGCUUUAAUUCCAACUCUGGGCCUAAUCCUCGUGUUGAGAAUGGAAAAUCCAAUAAAAGGUAAUGAUAGCUUUGCUUAACGUAGGUGUAGCUGGACAGAAAGCCAGAACAUAAGUUCUGGAAGAAGUUGUGCACCCCUUAAGAGUUACCUGUAGUUAGGAAUUUGUGUAACACCUGGCCUGGAGGCAUGUGGGAAUGAUUCUUUGGAGCCCAGAUGUCUUUAAUGAAGAAUCUGUCAAAAUAGGAUGAACUUUCAACAGAAAUGAAAGCUGCAAAACGAUCCUUACUGCACUUGUUGAUAAAAUGCAAGAUCAGAGAUUUUAACUCUGAAAUUAUUAGGAACUUCAGCAUGUUGGUGUAUAUGCAUGAUUCUUCUCUGCUCUAUGCAGAUACACUUCCUUACUUUACACUGACAGGUAGUGCUGAGAUUUUUUUAAACCUAUUACCACUUUUGGAGUGAUUUAAAAGAAAAAAGCUUUAUUGUUGUAAAAGUCAAUGUCCGUAAUCUGUUUUUUACUUUCAGUUAUAUUUUUAUGCCUAUGAGUCUUGACAAAAUGUUAACUUAUGCAUUUUAUUUGAAACCAAUGCUCAGAUAAAUCUAUUGAAUAUAUGGGAUGUGGUCAUUGAGAGAAACAUUUACCAGUACAACUGUGGUACAGGGUAAAAGUAAAUAUCUUUUCUGGGCAUACAGUCAUUGUGUUGAGGGGUGGGGGGGUGUGGGUGUGUCUGGUCAAGUGCAGGCUGCAUUUAUUUGCUUGUGCACGAGUACAUGUUUUACUGCACUGGGCUCUUUCAGGCUUUUCAAGUGCCAUUUAGCAAGAGAAGCUCAUAAAUUAACUUGAGCCAAGGCAGGCCUGCAGGAACGUCCCCUCUAUGUGCUAGUAUGGAUAUAGAUGUAAUAUUUGGAAGUAAGUUUAGAGUUCCUUAUACAAUGUAGGUUUGUUUGAAUCACUGUCAAAGAAUUACAUGUCUGUGUGUCAGUCAUUUACUCUCUUGAAGUUAAUAAUUCAUGAAUAUCCUUUCAUAACAGCAAUAAGGCAUUCCAGGUAGCAAACUUCAGGGUUACAACUGCACUUGGGUGGAAGAAGUCGCAAAGCUUUUGGCUUCGUGCCUUAGACUGCCAUGCCAAGAUGCAAUAUUUAUCUGUCCUUGACUGCCUGUUGCGUUUUACUGCAGUGCUGUAUGUAUGUCUUACCAUAUAGAACAUAGUUUGAAUACCUACACAUAGAACACACAUAUUAAGAAAACCCCAAACAAGGCCAUCCAGACAUCUAAACAAAGCUAUCUUGCAGCACGUUGGCCUUUAUACAUGUUUAAAUGAACGUGUUGAGUUUUAUUUGAACUGUGACAUAGUUAUUGUUAUUAGUUUUGUCAUAGUUUUUAGGAUGUAUUCUUACUACUUCAAUUGAUUCUGCUUUAGGAGAAUCAUUUAAGAUUUUUACCUUGCUUUUUUAUAUUAGAGAAAAUUGUAUUGCAGCACCAUUGGCACAGCAGCCUUAAGUAACAGAAGGAGCCUUUAAUGUGAGAGAACAUUGUGGUUGUUCCUGUAAAAAGUCAUCAUUAAAAUGAGUGACUGAAAUAAUCAUAUCUUACAAACAAAGUGAAUUAAUUUCUUAUCCAGAUGCGGCCUAGCAAAAACAUUGUCUAAUCUCCAGCUUCUGUGAAAAAUAAACAAUAAGUUCCCUCAGAUAUACAAUGAUAUCCCUCAGAAGGACAGCAAUAGGGUACAAUUACAUCAGAUUUGUACACACACAACCCCAGCUUGGUUUUCAACCAGGUCACAGGUUUAACUUCCUGAAAGGGCUGGGGGAAAGUUUUACAAAUUUUGAUCUGCUUUGCUGUAGAUGUUGCAAUUCAGUUGAAACAUGUGCCUUGCAAGCUUUUAUUAAACAAACAAAAACCUCAAUUUGUGUUUCUUUUUGUGAAGAUUUUUUUUUAAUUCCUGUCCCCCUGAUUUCUAGAGCUUCCGUUGUGUCUUAAUACGCCAGCCUCCGAGGGUGCCCAUGUAGUAAGUGUUGCAGCUGGGAUGUGUGCCAGCUGUUCACUGGGAAGAAUGAGAAUUCGCAUAGCAAUUUGUGUGGCUAUUUUGCUGACUUAUUUCCUCCUUUGCAUUUCCAAUUUCUGAUAUGCUUGAUCUUAGUAAAUGCAAAAAAAUUACCUUGAAAGAAUAAAUUGGUAUAGUAUUUUCAGGCACUCACCGUUGCCCUUAGACUUGUGAAACAAAGUUUAAUCAAGUCAUGGCUAAACAAACGUGUACAGUUUUGUCUUAAUCUUAAAAAAAUGCUCUUUCACUUUCUGAAUUACCACAUACUUGAACUCAGUUGAUAGAUUUGACAGGAGAUGUUUGAGACUAAGGAAAGGCAUUUCUGAGCAUAAAUUUCUAUCCAUAUUAUUUUAAAAGCCACUGAUUUUAUUUCUUCUAAAGUAAUUGGAAAUCCAAUUUAAUACAACACAAUCUUAAAUACAAUUUCCAUGGCAGGGGAGGGGGGAAAUAAGGAGAAGAUACACAAAUGUGGAAGAAAGAGGGCCAAAAGGUUUAACAAGCAUUGAAAAUUGUUCAAACUAUUUGCUCAGGUGGCAUUACUAUUUACUGAAAGAUAAAGGUUAGGGAUGAGGUCUUGUUCUUACCACCUUAUUUUCACCAAGUCAUCUGGAAAUGUACAAAUCUUGUGAUCCUCAUGAGGUUUCCCAUACAAUUCAUCUGAAAAAGAGCUGUGAGAUCAGGUUGUAGGGUUUAUAAGGUGUCACUGAAAUGCUUCUUAAUUAUGGCUGUUGACUUCAUAUAACCUGUCCUUCAACCAAAACUCCAACAGGAGAAGGUGCAGGCUGUGUGUGUGAAUGCAAGGGCAUGUGUGCACAUGAUGUGUUUGCAUGUAGAGGUGUCUGUUUUACUGUUGUGUUUUGGAGAUGGAACGAGUAACUUCUGUUAUCACUAACGGUUGCUGAAUCUCUAAGUCUCCUCAAUACUGACGGGCGGGUGGACUCUCAAGUACUGUGGUGUUCGAGAUGAAAGAAAAGCUGAGUUUGUUCCAACACAAGCAAUAUUUCAUGUGAAAUAAUACCUCAACAUAAAUCUGUAUAAUCAUGCUUUUAGUACUCUUUUUAAAAAUUAACUUUAGGGGGAGAAAAAAGGUGGGAAUUGUAAGACAUGUAGUGUGUGUUAUUUUAAUACUUUUUUUCUACUUCAUCACUGCAGCUAAAAAAAAAAUCACGAUUAUGUUGCCGCACUCCAACUAUGCCAAAUACAGAGCUAAUGAUCCCUAAAGGUCUUCUGGAUUGUUUUGUACCUCAGCGAUAUGUUUAAAUACAUAACUAAUCUGGCAAUGGUUUUGAUUUCAGCGCAGUUAGAUGUAUGUAGUUCUGCCUUUCAGUGAUGUUUGAGGUUACCUAUUUAUUUAAUGGGACAAUAGGUGGGUGUUUAAUACCUUUCAAAGUUUUGAACUUUGUUACUUCAGUAACACAGAAGAAUUAUUGGUGGUGCUUUACUUGUUAACAGUGGUGUUUAGCAGUUGCGUGUAUGGCAUAUGGAUUUACCUACGUGCAGCUAUUUAAUAACAAAUCUAAGGAAUACAAUUCCUUUUAUCCUGUUUGUUGUCUUGGACAGUUUUUUAUCGAAAUGAUGUAUACAUAGUAAGUAUUUUUCUCUUGUAACAAACUUUUAUUUUUCUGUGGGAAAAAAAAUUAAAAUUAAUAAAAGCCAAGUCCAGAAAGUAUGGAUUGUUUGGGACACAAACUGUUUUAUGCUUUCUUUUGAGAAGUCAAGGGAAGACUGUACACUGUAGCUCAAAUGUCUGUCUUGAUGGGCAACAUAAAUAGUCUUGCAACUCUUGAAGAUGAGCUGCCUGCUCAGACUGGAUCCAUAUGUUGUGCUGACUAUGACUUGCUGUUGAGACAUACUGGUGUGAGGAUGAGCAGCAAAAUAUGAGGUGCUUCAUAUGGAGUUAUUGAACUCUGACUUUCUCCCUUAAGAUCUUCCUACAGCAAGGAUGUCACCUGGAAAUAAAUUGCUAUGCAAUGUCAAA